GCUUCAUUUUAGUCUCGCUUGGCGUCCCGCCCUAUUCCUGCCCCUCUGGACCCAGAGGUCAAUCGGAAACCCCUGGUUAGUGGUGAGAAGAGGACCCCGGUGUCCCGGCAGUGGGCGCCCAAGGGAAUUGGAAAUGGGCAGCCUAGAGAGGUGCAUCUGGGGACGCGAAUGGCUCUGAGACCCUUGCCACCUGCUUUCCUCCCACCCAUGGCCACGCUGGUGGUCCUCGCCACUCUGGGUCCGUUGACGCUGCCUUGAGGUAGGAGAAGGACCCUCCUCAGCUCAACUUCUGGCUUCCUGGGGUAGCGCUCAAGUCUUGGGACUUGGUUUGCCUCUCUGGGAACUGGACCAGUGGCUCACAGUGCCACCGUGGACCGUGAGGCCUGGUCACACUGACACUCGAUCUUGCAGAGUUGCUCCAAAGUAGGACUCCAGAGUUCAGAGCAGCAUGGGCACUGAGAAGGAAGAGCCCGACUGCCAGAAACAGUUCCAGGCAGCGGUCAGCGUCAUUCAGAACCUGCCUAAGAAUGGCUCUUACCGCCCCUCCUAUGAAGAGAUGCUGCGAUUCUACAGCUACUACAAGCAGGCUACCAUGGGGCCCUGCUUGGUUCCCCGGCCUGGGUUCUGGGACCCCAUUGGACGUUACAAGUGGGAUGCCUGGAACAGCCUGGGCAAGAUGAGCAGGAGGGAAGCCAUGUCCGCCUACAUCUCUGAGAUGAAGCUGGUUGCACAAAAGGUGAUCGACACAGUGCCCCUGGGCGAGGUGGCAGAGGAUAUGUUUGGUUAUUUCGAGCCCCUGUACCAGGUGAUCCCUGACAUGCCGAGGCCCCCAGACACCUUCCUGAGAAGGGUUGCAGAUUGGAAAGAGCCAGUGCUGCAUAGAGACGAUCAGACCGCUCCAGAGCCUUCUUGCUUCCCCAAGGAGCCAGUGCCUCCAAGUCCAGAGUCCCCGCCACCCAGGGACUUGGAGCUGGAGGUUUUCUGUGACUCCCUGGAGCAGCUAGAACCAGAGUUGAUGAGACCGUCUCUCUUGUCCCCUGUUCCCGCUGUGCCAGAGCUGCCCCGCCUCCACCCUGAGACCUGGGACUCAUCUCAGCAGGUUUGGGCAGAGCAGAGGGGAGCAGCUGGCAGAGAGCUGGACACCAGAAGCAGCCCCGAGCCCCCCAGUGAGAAAGAGGGGUUGGAAGGCAGCCUGAUGGGGCCCCAGGAAUUGGACAGAUGGCUGGUGGGGACAGUCCGGGCCAUGCAGGAAAGUAUGAGCAAUGUCCAGAGGAGACUGCAGAGCCUGGAGAGCAAGCCCCAGCCACGUGAGCAGGGUUUCUCUAUGUAGUUUUGGUGCCUGUCCUGGAUCUCGCUCUGUAGCCCAGGCUGGCCUCGAACUCACAGAGAUCCACCUGGCUCUGCCUCCCGAGUGCUGGGAUUAAAGGCGUGCGCCACCACCGGCCGGCUUACACUCCUAUUCUAAGUAUGCUUUUGUGGUGUUUUCAUUUGUCUUGUGUGAGACAGGGACUCAAGCCUAGGCUGGUCGGGGACUCAGUAUGUAGCCCAGGCUGCUCUUCUGGUAAUCCGCCUGUCUCAGGCUUGGGUGUGCUGGGAUUACAGACAUGAGCCACUCUGCCUGGCCGCCUAACUGUUUUGUUUUGUUUUUCUUUGCUUUUUUGGGUUUCUCUGUGUGUCCCUGGCUGUCCUGGAACUAGCCCUGUAGACCAGGCAGGCCUCGAACUCACAGAGCUCCUCCUGCCUCUACCUCCCGAGUGCUGGGAUUAAAGGCAUGUGCCACCACCGCCCCACUGGGCUAAAUGUUUUAUAUUUUUAUUUUAUUUUAUUUUAUUUUAUUUUGGUUUUUCGAGACAGGUUUUCUCUGUGUAGCUUUGUACCUUUCCUGGGACUCACUUGGUAGCCCAGGCUGGCCUCGAACUCAUAGAGAUCCUCCUGGCUCUGCCUCCCGAGUGCUGGGAUUAAAGGCGUGCGCCACCACCGCCCGGCUAUUUAUUUAUUUUUUAUUUUAUUUCGAGACAGGGUUUCUCUGUGUAGUUUUGGUGCCUGUCCUGAAUCUCGCUCUGUAGCCCAGGCUGGCGUCGAACUCACAGAGAUCCGCCUGGCUCUGCCUCCCCAGUGCUGGGAUUAAAGGCGUGCGCCACCACCGCCCGGCUUUUUCAGGUUUUUUUUGAGACAGAGUUUCUCUUUGUAAUAGCUCUGGCUGUCCUGGAACUCACUUUAUAGACCAGGCUGGCUUCAAACUCACAGAGAUCCACCUGCCUCUGCCUCCCAAGUGCUGGGAUAAAGGAGUACGCCACCCCC